AUGUCCAAGUCCUCCUCUCCCGUAGUGUCAUCAGAGGACGCGCAAACCGCACUCAGAGUCUUGCAACACAUCAAGCUCCAUGGCUUGGGCGGACUGCCCAUGGAAACGGGCACGCAGAUCCGAAUAUUGGCCAAGGACAUCGGAGCAGGGCGGUACAUGAAGCCCAAGAUGCGGGGCCUGACGAUGUUCGGUCGCUGUUACAUCUGCCGUCGCCAGCGUGAUUUCCAGAUCUCAUCGGACUCCCCAAGCUUGUGCGAGCCCUGUCGCACCUUCAAUGCCGCGCGAAGAAGCGAUCUCGCUGCCCCGACGCUAUUCUCGACGAGAACCGCGUUGGUGACGGGUGGCCGCAUCAAUCUGGGCUACUCGGUCGCUGUAGCCCUGCUGCGUGGUGGGGCAGAGACUGUCAUGGUCACGACGCGAUUUCCCGAAGACGCUCUUCGACGGUACUCGCUCGAGUCCGAUUUCGGUGUCUGGUCCUCGCGUUUGAAGAUCAUUCAAGCCGACUUCACGUCCCCUCGGUCGAUUCAGGGGAUGCUGGAGGCCGUCCGCGUAAUUUCUUCUCGAAGGCUGGAUAUUCUGAUCAACAACGCUGCUCAGACUGUGCCCAUCCCUGAAAAGGAGCAAGCGCUGCUGAAGGGUGGCGAGGGAUCCCUGGUCGCAGUCGACUCACACAGUCUCAGUGUCAUCGACAAAUCACUGAUCACGGCUCCCGCUCGUAAUAGCUGGGAGGCGCGCUACAAUGAAUUCACGUACGGAGAACUGCUGGACGUCCUUGCGGUGAACGCUGUCUCUCCGUUCAUUUUAAUGCGCGAGCUGAUCCAGGACAUGCUCCAUGACGAGCCGACCCAUGUCAUCAAUGUGUCCUCCCGCGAGGGGAUGUUCGAAAAGGAAUGGAACAGGCGCUCUGCGACCCACGUUCAUACAAAUAUGGCUAAAGCUGCACUGAACAUGUGCACGCAGACGAUGGCAGAGGAAUUCAAGACACAGAACAUCUACAUCAACGCUGUGGAUCCAGGCUAUCUGAGUCACCAGCACAGCAUAAAUCACGUGGGAAAGAGUGGCCUGCCUGAACGAGAUGUUCCGCUGGCCUGGGAAGAUGGAGCAGCGCGCGUGCUGAAUCCCAUUCUACGAACACCGCUCAUCACUGGCGCGUUCUUCAAGGACUACGAGGAGCGCGAUUGGGUCAAUGGUUGGCUAUAA